GAGGGUUGAUAUCGAAUCAGUGUUCCAAUUUGUGCUCGACGAGAAACUCGCAAACCCCAUUGUACGAUGUCGCGGGAAUGAAAUCAACGUGGAUAAAAAUAAAAAUAAAAUAAAAUGGAAGAUAUAAAAUAAGAUGACGACUUUGUAAACGAUUUACCAUACGCUGAACAAGUAAGACGUUGUUUCGAAAAACCAUCCGCGUGUAUCCUCCUUUUUUUUUCCUCAUUGUUUUUCAUCCGGCGAAACGAUUUUCAAUUUUCAAAGCAGAGAAUUUUAUUCAUUCUUGUUACGUUUCGAUUGAAUUCGUAGGGAUGGCGGGACCGGAUGCGCCCGCUGAUUUUCGUCUGGAGUACAUCGGCUCCUUCGUUCAGAAAUCCUUGAAAUUAAAACCCGAAAAGUGGGGACGUCUCCUUUUGACCGAGGAUUACCGUAACACGGUUAUAGAUUUUCUCGACAACCCAAGACCCCCCGCGUUGUUCGUCGUCCUGACGCCGAACGCUCAGCUCGUAGCGUCCUCCGGAUUCCCGAUACCUUGUCAAAGGACGAAAGGCACUUACGCUGUAAAAGUGAAGCUCGUACCGGUGCCAAAGGACAAAGUUGGCUGCGUAAAAACACUGAUACUGGGCGACCUCGCAUCCAGAGUUGUAGACGAACUCGCGACGCUCGUCGAUGAAAUAUUCGCUCCCUUGUUGAGCAAUCCUGACAAUCACAAAGAGCUUCCCGAUAUCGCUGUCCACGAUCUCGCCAAGCACGUCCAUUCUCUGAGGGGGACAUUGUACCAGGUAGGAAUUGCCGCUCGCCAUAUUCAAAUCUUUGGGAAAAAUAGCUUCUCGAACGAAUCGAGUGUAAUUUUGACUCAGGUGAAGGGCCAGGUAAAUGGCAGGACCGUUCUUCCGAUGCCAGCAGGUUUGGAAAAAGUUGGCGAGGUCGAAAGAUUGGUCUCAUCCACAGGACCCGAAGCCGUUGACUUGUAUCUGAAAAGUGCUAUCGAAGGAGUCGUGAUCAAAUGGGCCUAUUUAGUCAACGAUGUUGUCACUCACGAGUCCAGCACCGCGUUCGAUAAUAAGCAAAAUCCGACGCCGAACGUGGAAUUGGAAUAUUGGUCGACGAGAUUGGCCAAUUUAAGGUACAUUUUUGAACAACUUCGCGAAGACAGAGUGAAAAAGAUGGCGAUUAUUCUUGAGAAAACCGACAGCGCUUAUUAUCCGUGUUUCCGUACACUUUUCGGUAACGUUGUGUCGUCGCUCGCCGAGGCGAGAGAAAUUUCCUUGUACCUAUCACCGUUGAUGAGGAACUUCAAAACGAUCGAGGAAACAGACUUUUCCGAAGCUAAGGCGCUGAUGGGCCCAUUGAUACACACCGUUGGGCUCGCCUGGAGCAAAUCAAAGUACUACCAGAGUUCCUCGAAACUAAUUAUUUUGCUGCGACAAAUCUGCAAUCUGCUCAUACAAGAGGCUAGAAGAUUCCUCGAUCCCUCCUCGAUAUUUCAAAGCGACGUUGACGAGGCUCUGCAAAGAGUACAGAUUUCCAGAGGAGUUCUCGAAGAAUUCAAGUGCCAAUUCGAGCGUCGAAGAAAUGUCCCUGGCAUGAAGCCAGACGCUCCUCCGUGGACGUUUAAUCCUAUAGCAGUUUUCCAUCGUUUGGACGCGUUUUUAAAACGCCUCGCCGACAUCGAGUGGCUCUUUCACACGGUAUUAGAAUUUUCUAAAUUGGAAAAAAUAGAGAUCGGCGGAAUUUUGGGGAGAUCGUUGAGCACGAGAGUCGUCGGUGUUUUCAAAGAAUUUCAACACCUGUUCGCCUCAUUUUCCGCAAGGGCUAGCGACGUUCUCGAACCCGACGACGAAACCUUCGCCGUUGAUUGCAAGAAAUUCAACGACGCCAUCACCGACUUGGACAGCAAACUCGCAGCAAUUUUAUGUCAAGCAUUCGACGAUUGUGCGAAUCUCGAAAGUACAUUCAAACUCAUCAACAUAGCGGGGACGGUACUGGACCGUCCGGUUAUUCGGAAGCAAUUUACCGACCGGUAUUCGAGGGUCCUGGAAUUGUUAAAUACCGAAUUAACGAUGGUAGAGGUUCUGUUCAACCGCGGUACUCGCGGUGCAAUGAACAGUCUACCGCCGCUAGCAGCUGCCUUACGAUUUACAAGCAUGCUGAGACAGCGAAUCGAUUUACCCGUACAGUGCUUCAAAUCUCUGCAACAUUCAAUAAUCGAAACCAAAGAUGGAAAGAAUAUAAUCAAACGUUACGAAAGACUCAUUGAGAUUUUGAGCGUUAGAGAAGAAUCUCUUUUUUACGAUUGGGCAAAAAUUGUACCAAACUCUGUAGAGAAUGGUCUGAAUCGAUCGCUGUUAAUCAGAAAUUCCGAUUCUUCUUUGGCUCUGAACUUCGACCAAGAGUUACUGGCGGUCCUGAAAGAAGUGAAUUACCUCAAACUCAUAUCUCACGCUGAUAUUCCCAACGAAGCUGUCGAAGUAUCGGAAAGAUCGGAGACUUUCCGAAAAUUUCGUACUCUUCUCGGCAACACGGUAGAUGCGUACAACAAUAUUCGAAAAACUUCGCGUAAAGUUGAGUUCAAUCUCAUCGAGUUAGAAGUUGCGACGAUCGACUCCCUCAUUUCACGCGGCGAGAAUGAUUUGUGUUGGAAAUCGGAGGGUUUGCUCGAGUAUAUCACGGAGCUUGAUACGCUGGUCCACAGUCUUUGGACGCGACUGAAAGCCACCCAAAGUAACGUUGAGAAGAUCGAAAGUAUUCUGGAACAUUGGACAAAGACGCCGCUCAUAGAGCGCAAGGAUCGUAGAAAAGACGCCCUUCUCUCGAUCGAGGAAAGAGCUGACAAAGUCGCGAAACGUUACGAUGAUAUUCGAAAGGCCGCCGAAGGAGUUCACGCGCUCUUGGCCGAAAACAAGGCGCUUUUCGAAGCCACGGAAAACGAGAACGAAAACUGGGAGACGUAUGUAAACUUUGUCGAUGGCAUUGUAGCGGAAUCUUUACGGAGGGCCGUGGGAUGCUGCCUGGGAUACCUCGCGGAUAAUAUGGACCCCUCGGGACAAAAGGAGCCAUUGCUGGAGGCAAAACUUGAACUGAGAGAACCUGACCUAUUUUAUGUGCCAUCGCUCGAACCGGAUGAUCCCGAUGGACUGGAUCAAUUGAUCGCCGGGCUUCUCAACGAUAUGAUUGGAAUGGCUGCCCUCGUGCCGCGGUUGAGUCAAAACGCACCGGGAUAUGGCGUCGAAAUGGAGAGUGACGAUGACAUCAGAGGCAUGAAGUCAGAAAUAUUGACCGGGGUGGCAAGGGCGGUUGAGGAGGCUACAGAAUUUUGCGGGAUCUUCGAAGGGUACGCUUAUCUCUGGCUGGAAGAUCGGGUGUCGGUAAUGCAACAGUUUCUUGAAUACAGUCGACAAUUGACGAUGGAUGAAAUGGAAAUGAUCGCAGCCCAGGAUCCAAAGGCCCCGAAGCGAUCGCCCCCGCGGAUGGAACAGUUCCGAGAACAGAUCGAUCUGUACGAAGGCCUCUAUCUUGAAAUCGAAGAAAUGAAUGCCUCCAAAGUAUUUUGCGGAUGGUUCACAGUCGACAUUAGGCCGUUCAGACAAUCCCUAUUGAACACCGUAUGUAAAUGGUCUAGUAUGUUCAAACGUCAUCUCGUCGAGCGCGUUACAAGCAGUCUCUCCGAUUUAGGCUCGUUCAUCAGGUUAGUGAAAAAAGGUUUCACCAUUAAUAUCGGCAUGAAAUUAAUCAUGGUGCAAACUUUAUUUUAUAGACUCGCCGACGAAGGUCUUUUGCAGCAAAUCCAACCGGGAGAUUAUAUGGGUCUUGUCAGGGUAAUGGGGUUCCUCAUGCAAGUUAAGGAAAGACAACCAACUACGGAUGAGAUGUUUCAACCGCUUCAAGAAACUGUCGAACUUUUGAAAUUCUACGACCAAGACAUACCGGAAGAGGUAAAUGUUCUGUUGCAGGAACUGCCGGAGCAGUGGGCGAAUACUAAGAAGUUAGCAUUGAUGGUCAAGCAACAAGUAGCGCCGUUACAGGCAGGUGAAGUGUCGCGGAUCCGAGGUCGGGUCUCGGCGUUCGACACAACAAUCGGUCACUAUCGUGAGGCAUUUCGCCGUUACGGUUUUUUUAAGUACAAUUGCGAGGAUCCUUACAAGCAGCUUGACGAGGCUGACAAAGAGAUUUUGAUGCUGGAGCGUCAGAUGAUGGAUAUUCAGGAGUCCGCGUCCCUCUUUGAAGUAACGGUUCCCGAGUUCAAGCAGUUGAGGCAGUGCCGAAAGGAGCUGAAAAUGUUAAAGCAGCUAUGGGACUACGUGCACAUCGUGCAAAGUAGUAUAGAAGGGUGGAAGACUACGCCGUGGAGGAAAAUCGAUGUGGAAAACAUGGACAUCGAGUGUAAAAAAUUCGCCAAAGAAAUACGAGCAUUGGACAAGGAGAUGAGACCCUGGGAUACUUACAUCUCCUUGGAGGCUACGGUAAAAAAUAUGUUGACGUCCCUCCGAGCCGUUGGUGAAUUACAGAAUCCGGCCAUCCGCGAACGGCAUUGGCGUCAACUGAUGAAUAGCACUAAGGUUCGAUUCGUAAUGGACGCGUCAACUACCUUGGCUGACCUUCUGGAGUUAAGUCUACACGAAUGUGAGGACGAAGUGAAGAAUAUCGUCGAUAAAGCGGUGAAGGAAAUGUCGAUGGAAAAAUAUCUGCGCGAAUUAAACGCGACGUGGUCCGCGAUGGAAUUUGAAAAAGAGAUCCAUCAAAGGACCGGUGCGAGUCUCCUGAGAGCGAGCGAGGAGCUGAUCGAAACUUUGGAGGAAAAUCAGGUGCAGCUGCAGAAUCUGAUCACCUCAAAAUUCAUCGCACAUUUUUUGGAAGAGGUUUCAACAUGGCAGAAGAAACUCAGCAUCGCUGAUCAGGUCACUACAGUUUGGUUCGAAGUGCAACGCACUUGGAUGCACCUCGAGAGUAUUUUCAUGUCCUCGGAAGACAUUCGCCGCCAGUUACCCGUCGAUUCGGAUCGCUUCGACCGGAUAGAUGGGGAAUUCAAAAACAUGAUGCAGGACAUGGCCAAAACACCGAACGUAGUUGAAGCGACAAACAGAGACGGUUUACUUUCAGCUUUAGAUGAGCUGCAGAAAGAAUUGGUUCUGUGCGAGAAAGCUCUGGCAGAAUACUUGGAAACAAAACGUCUGGCGUUUCCUAGAUUUUAUUUUGUCUCCUCUAGCGACCUUCUCGAUGUUCUGUCGAACGGUAAUCAGCCGGUGAUUGUCGCGAGGCAUUUGAUAAAACUGUUCGAUUCGAUGGCGCGGCUAAAUUUCAUCGACCGGAUAUCAAAAUUGAUUAAUGCCUGAUCAGGAAUGCACGCGAAGGACGGAGAGUACGUGGAAUUCACCAAUUGCGAUAUGGUAUGCGCCGGACCAGUCGAAGUGUGGCUAAAUCGUCUCCAAAACGCGAUGAGAACAACGAUACGUUUUUACUUCGGCGAAGCGGUUGUUACGUACGAGGAAAAACCACGUGAGCAGUGGCUCUUCGAUUAUCCAGCCCAGGUUUCACUUUGCGGUACCCAAAUUUGGUGGACGACCGAAGUGAAUCUGGCGUUUUCGAGGCUGGAGGAGGGAUACGAUAACGCGAUAAAAGACUACUUGAAGAAACAGAUUUCCCAACUGAGCACACUGAUUACUUUGUUACUCGGAGAACUCACCAAACAGAAUCGGCAGAAGGUCAUGACGAUUUGUACGAUCGACGUUCACUCCAGAGAUGUUGUCGCAAAAUUAGUUCAAGCCAAAGUUGAAACUGCACAGGCGUUUCAAUGGCAGAGUCAGCUAAGGCACAGAUGGGACGAGAAAGAAAAAGACUGUUUCGCCAAUAUAUGCGACGCGCAGUUCAGAUACUCUCAUGAAUAUUUAGGAAACACUCCCAGAUUGGUUAUCACGCCGCUGACGGAUCGAUGUUACAUAACAUUGACCCAAUCUUUACAUCUGGUGAUGGGUGGUGGUCCCGCAGGUCCCGCUGGUACGGGUAAGACCGAGACGACGAAGGACUUGGGUAGAGCCUUGGGAAUAAUGGUUUACGUUUUCAACUGCUCGGAACAAAUGGACUACAAAUCUUGUGGGAAUAUUUAUAAAGGAUUGGCCCAGACCGGGGCCUGGGGAUGCUUCGACGAGUUCAACAGAAUUUCGGUGGAGGUCUUGUCCGUGGUGGCUGUCCAGGUGAAGUCGGUUCAAGACGCGAUUAGGGAUAAAAAAGACAAGUUCAAUUUUAUGGGUGAAAUAAUUGCCAUGGUACCAUCGGUCGGGAUAUUUAUAACAAUGAAUCCGGGAUAUGCCGGGCGUACAGAGUUGCCGGAAAAUCUCAAGGCUCUCUUUCGGCCGUGCGCUAUGGUUGUACCGGAUUUCGAAUUAAUUUGCGAAAUUAUGUUGGUGGCCGAAGGAUUCCAGGAGGCUAGAAUACUGGCGAGAAAAUUCAUCACCCUAUACACCCUCUGCAAGGAGCUUUUAUCCAAGCAGGAUCACUACGAUUGGGGACUGAGAGCGAUCAAGUCGGUUCUCGUAGUUGCUGGAAGUCUGAAACGUGGUGAUCCGGGAAGACCGGAGGAAGAAGUCCUGAUGAGAGCGUUGCGAGACUUCAAUAUUCCAAAAGUAGUCUCCGACGAUUUUCCGGUGUUCAUGGGACUCAUUGCUGACUUGUUUCCCGCUCUCGACGUUCCGAGAAAACGCGAUCUUGAGUUCGAGAAAACUGUAAAACAAGCGGCCACGGAUCUGUCGUUACAACCGGAAGACGGUUUUAUAUUGAAAGUUGUGCAGCUCGAGGAAUUGCUCGAAGUGAGGCAUUCGGUCUUCGUCGUCGGUACAGCGGGCUCUGGGAAGACUCAGGUCUGGAAAUCGUUGUUCCGAACAUACCAGAACAUUAAACGAAAACCGAUGUACAACGAUUUGAAUCCAAAGGCGGUAACGAACGACGAACUCUUCGGGAUUAUAAAUCCAGCUACUAGGGAAUGGAAGGACGGGUUGUUCUCUGUCAUUAUGCGAGAACAGGCAAAUCUCGGCGGCGAUCAUCCGAAAUGGAUCGUCCUGGACGGUGACAUCGAUCCUAUGUGGAUCGAGUCUUUGAACACAGUGAUGGAUGACAACAAGGUCUUGACACUAGCGAGCAACGAGAGAAUCGCCUUAACUCCAGCGAUGAGGUUGCUCUUCGAAAUAUCCAAUCUCAGAACUGCAACGCCAGCUACCGUAUCUCGUGCUGGUAUUCUGUAUAUAAAUCCCCAGGACUUGGGAUGGAAUCCUUACGUGACGAGUUGGAUCGAGACGAGGACGCUUCCUGCCGAGAAAUCGAACCUGGUUAUACUAUUCGACAAGUACAUACCGCCGUGUUUGGAAACGUUGAGGACGAGAUUCAAAAAGAUCACGCCAAUCGCUGACAUGGCGCACGUCGAGAUGCUUUGUCAUUUGUUGAAUUGUCUCUUUCAACCGGAUCUGACCGCGAAUGAUUUUACCAAAGAACAUUACGAACUUUACUUCGUCUUCGCGGCUGUAUGGGCAUUCGGGUCAUCCAUGUUUCAAGACCAGACGGUCGACUAUCGCGUGGAGUUCACCAAGUGGUGGGUAAACGAGUUCAAGCAAGUCAAAUUUCCAUCGCAAGGAACCGUCUUCGAUUAUUUCAUCGAUUACGAGACGAAAGCCUUUCUACCCUGGACAGAACGGCUACCGAAGUUCGAACUGGACCCGGAUAUUCCUUUGCAAGCAGUAUUAGUCUAUACCGCCGAGUCGAUCCGGGUCAGAUACUUUCUGGAUCUACUGAUGCAGGAGAAACACCCGGUUAUGUUGGUUGGAACCGCAGGAAGUGGGAAAACGGUCUUAGUUUCCGAAAAGUUGUUACAGCUCUCUGAAAAUUACGCGGUUGCGAAUGUCCCAUUCAAUUUUUAUACCUCCUCCGAGAUGUUACAGAAAAUUCUUGAGAAACCUUUGGAAAAAAAAGCGGGAAGAAACUACGGCCCGCCGGGAAAUAAAACGCUCGUGUACUUCAUCGACGAUAUGAAUAUGCCGGAAGUGGAUACCUACGGAACCGUCCAGCCGCACACUUUGAUCCGGCAACAUUUGGAUUAUGGCCAUUGGUACGAUCGGACGAAGCUUUCUCUGAAGGAUAUUCACAACUGCCAGUACGUCAGCUGCAUGAAUCCGACGGCAGGAUCGUUCACAAUAAAUCCCAGACUUCAAAGGCACUUUGCCGUUUUUGCCGUUAGCUUUCCUAAUACGGAAUCCCUGACGAUGAUCUACGCGUCUAUACUCUCGCAACAUUUCGCCAAUGUAGAGCAUAGAUUCCCGCUUCCGGUCACCGAAUUAUGCAACCCGAUCGUGCAAGCGUCUCUACAGCUGCAUCACCGAUGUUCCCAAGUUUUUCUACCCACGGCAGUCAAGUUCCACUACAUAUUCAACCUUCGAGAUUUAUCAAACUGUUUUCAAGGUCUGUUGUUCAGCGGGAACGAUUGCUUGCAAGGUCCGUCGGACGUCAUAAGACUUUGGAUGCACGAAACGCAACGCGUAUACGGGGACAAAUUAACCGACGAAAAAGAUAUAGAGUCAUUCGCGAAAUUGCAGUUGGAUAUCCUGAAGAAGAAUGUUGAAGAGGUGGACGAAAGCGCUGUACUCGAGAAACCCAAUAUCUAUUGCCACUUCGCAGGAGGCAUCGGGGAUCCAAAAUACAUGCCGGUCGUAGACUGGGCGGUGUUACAUCGUCUCUUAACAGAGGCUCUGGUGAGCUACAAUGACCUCGUCGCGGCAAUGAAUUUGGUCCUUUUCGAGGACGCGAUGAUGCACGUGUGUCGGAUAAAUCGUAUAUUAGAGUCUCCCAGAGGCAGCGCUUUGCUGGUGGGAGUCGGGGGUUCGGGAAAGCAAAGUCUGUCUCGACUGGCGGCAUUCAUAAGCGCUCUCGAAGUUGCGCAAAUACAAUUAAGGAAAGGCUACGGCGUCACGGAUCUGCGAACCGAAUUGGCUGGCUUGUAUUCGAAAUCUGGUCUAAAAAACGUCGGGAUGAUGUUCCUAAUGACCGACGCCCAAGUCCCGAACGAACAGUUCUUGGUUCUCAUUAACGACAUGUUAGCUUCCGGUGAAAUUCCCGAUCUUUUUCCCGAAGACGAGGUCGAAAAUAUUAUAGCUGGCGUUCGUAACGAAGUCAAAGGCGCCGGGAUUUUGGACACUCGCGAAAAUUGUUGGAAAUUCUUCAUCGAUCGAGUCCGACGACAGCUCAGAGUCGUCCUGUGCUUUUCACCGGUGGGAUCUACUCUCCGAGUAAGAUCUAGAAAAUUUCCAGCGAUCAUCAACUGCACAGCGAUAAACUGGUUCCACGAGUGGCCGCAGGAAGCCUUGAUGUCCGUAUCGAAAAGAUUUUUGCAAGAGCUUAACGAACUCCCGGAAUCUUACAGGGAAUCCGCUGCUAAAUUUAUGGCUCACGCUCACACGAGUGUAAACGCAGCGAGUCGUUUAUAUCUCGCUAGCGAAAGACGUUACAAUUAUACGACGCCGAAAUCUUUUCUCGAACAAAUUAGUUUGUACACAAAGUUACUCGGCACUAAAUCCAAGGAGCUUCAAGGGCGUGUUGAGAGACUCGAGAACGGGUUGGCGAAGUUGAGAUCUACUGCGGCUCAGGUAGACGAACUGAAAGAGAAAUUGGCUGUUCAGGAAAUUGAACUACAGCAAAAAAACGACGCGGCAGACGCCCUCAUCGCCAUAGUCGGAGUCGAGACUGAUAAAGUUCAAACGGAAAAAGCUUUGGCUGACGAGGAGGAGUCUAAGGUUGCCAUAAUCGCUCAAGAAGUAUUGAAAAAGCAGAAGGACUGCGAAGCGGAUCUUCUGAAAGCAGAACCGGCACUGCUGGCGGCACAAGAAGCUCUGAAUACCCUGAACAAGGCAAAUCUUACGGAAUUAAAAUCAUUCGGAUCACCUCCUGGUGCCGUUACCAAUGUUACCGCCGCGGUAAUGGUGCUUCUAGCACCCGGUGGCAAAGUAGCCAAAGAUCGAAGUUGGAAGGCAGCGAAGAUCGUCAUGGCUAAGGUUGACACGUUUUUAGACGCCUUGAUAAACUAUGACAAAGAGAAUAUACACCCUGAAGUUAUAAAGUCGAUACAGCCGUACCUGAAGGAUUCCGAAUUUGAACCGGAAUUCGUACGUUCGAAGUCUGCAGCUGCCGCAGGACUCUGUGCCUGGGUUAUUAAUAUCAUUAAAUUCUACGAGGUGUUCUGCGACGUCGAGCCAAAAAGGAAGGCCUUGGCUCAAGCGAACGCCGAAUUAGCGGCCGCGCAGGACAAGCUCGGUGUCAUAAAACGAAAAGUCGCUUCUCUCGAAGAGCAGCUGGCUAAAUUGACCGCCGACUUCGAACAGGCUGUGGCAGAGAAAUUAAAAUGUCAACAAGAGGCGGAUGCCACAAAUGCCACAAUCCAACUCGCUAAUAGAUUGGUGGGUGGUUUAGCAUCGGAAAACGUUCGGUGGGCAGACUCGGUUGCAAACUUUAUGCAGCAAGCGACGACACUACCAGGUGACGUGUUAUUGGUAACGGCGUUCAUCUCCUACGUGGGCUGUUUCACGAAACAAUUCCGUUUGGAUCUUCAGAACAAACACUGGUUCCCAUUUCUACGAACUCUAGAACCCGCUGUUCCGAUAACCGAGGGACUGGAUCCCCUAUCACUGCUGACGAACGACACGCAAAUCGCUAAAUGGAAUAACGAAAGCUUACCAAACGACAGAAUGUCCACGGAAAACGCUACCAUUUUGACCAACUCCGACCGAUGGCCGUUGAUGAUCGACCCCCAGCUGCAGGGAAUAAAGUGGAUAAAACAAAAGUACGGCGACGAAUUGCGGAUCAUUCGUCUAGGUCAGCGAGGCUACUUGGAUGUAAUCGAAGAAUCAUUAGCCAGUGGCGCGACGGUGCUGGUGGAAAAUAUCGGCGAAACGGUAGACCCUGUCCUGGAUCCAUUGCUGGGUAGAAACCUGAUAAAGAAAGGUCGUGCGAUAAAAAUAGGCGACAAGGAAGUCGAGUACAACGCGAAUUUCCGAUUAUUACUCCACACUAAACUCGCCAAUCCACACUACAAACCAGAAAUGCAGGCGCAGACCACCCUCAUAAAUUUCACCGUUACCAGAGACGGACUCGAGGAUCAGUUACUGGCCGAAGUCGUAAAAGCGGAGAGACCGGACCUUGAAGAAUUAAAAGCUGAACUUACCAGGCAGCAAAAUGACUUCAAAAUAACUUUGAACGGAUUGGAGGACUCUUUACUCUCAAAGUUGUCUUCGGCCGGCAGUAACGUCCUCGGCGACACCGCGCUGGUGGAAAAUUUAGAAACGACCAAACGCACGGCCGCCGAGGUCGAAUGCAAGGUCACAGAAGCGAGAGGAACCAGUCGUGAGAUAGACGCUGCGAGAGAGCUUUAUCGACCAGCUGCGGCACGCGCCUCUUUGCUUUAUUUUAUCUUGAAUGAUUUGAAUACCAUCAAUCCGAUAUACCAAUUUUCCCUGAAGGCGUUCAGCGUCGUUUUUCAAAUGGCCAUUUUAAAAGCUGAUCCAGCAGCUGACGUAACCGGACGAGUUAAGAACCUCAUCGAAUGCAUAACUUAUUCCGUUUUCAUGUACACGACCCGGGGCUUGUUCGAGUGUGAUAAGCUGAUUUUCGUAUCUCAGAUGGCGUUUCAGAUUCUAUUAACGAACGGCGAGAUCUUGGCCCCUGAAUUAGAUUUUUUGUUGAGGUUUCCAAUUACUCCGCACGUGACGUCGCCGGUUGAAUUUCUCUCCAACACCAGCUGGGGCGGAAUAAGAAGCUUGGCCACCAGGGACGACUUCCGGAAUCUGGACCGAGACAUAGAAAGCUCUUCGAAACGUUGGAAAAAAUUGGUAGAGUGCGAGUGUCCCGAACGUGAGAAAUUCCCCCAGGAAUGGAAAAACAAGACCCCUCUACAGCGUCUCUGCAUGCUCAGAGCUUUGCGCCCGGACAGAAUGACCUACGCGAUAUCUGCUUUCAUAGAGGAAAAACUCGGCCCUAGAUACGUGGAGGGUAGAACGGUAGAGUUUGCGAAGUCUUUCGAGGAAACCAGCCCAUCGACACCGAUAUUUUUCAUACUAUCGCCAGGUGUUAAUCCCCUGAAGGAUGUUGAAGACCUCGGUCGUAAAUUAGGCUUCACGUUCGACGCACAAAAUUUUCACAACGUUUCCCUGGGUCAAGGUCAAGAGAUAGUCGCGGAACAAGCCAUGGACUUGGCAGCGAAAAGCGGGCACUGGGUCGUGCUGCAGAAUAUCCAUCUUGUUAAAAAAUGGCUUCCUUUAUUGGAAAAAAAACUGGAAAUUGCCGCCGAAGGUUCUCACCCGAGUUACAGAGUUUUUAUGAGCGCCGAACCGGCCAGUACGCCAGCUGGACACAUCAUACCACAAGGAAUCCUCGAAUCGUCGAUCAAAAUAACGAACGAGCCUCCAACCGGGAUGCAGGCGAACUUGCACAAGGCUCUGGAUAACUUUAGCCAGGAGACUCUGGAAAUGUGCGGAAAGGAGGCGGAAUUCAAAGCAAUAUUAUUUUCCUUGUGUUAUUUUCACGCGGUCGUGGCUGAGCGACGUAAAUUCGGGCCACAAGGAUGGAACAAAAUUUAUCCGUUCAACGUGGGUGAUCUCAACAUAAGCGUGAGCGUACUUUAUAAUUACUUGGAGGCGAGUCCGAAGGUACCAUGGGAAGAUCUUCGUUAUUUGUUCGGAGAAAUUAUGUACGGCGGACACAUAACCGAUGACUGGGAUCGCAGACUGUGCGUUUCCUAUCUCGAGGAACUAAUGCAGCCUGACUUGGUAGACGGAGAACUUCAGCUGGCCCCAGGAUUUGCCGCUCCUCCGAACACAGACUUGGUCGGUUAUCACGCUUAUAUCGACGAAGCAAUGCCCCCGGAAUCUCCAUACUUGUACGGUCUUCACCCCAACGCGGAAAUUGGAUUUCUUACCACCACAUCCGAGAAUUUGUUCCGCACCGUUUUCGAAAUGCAGCCGAGAGACGCCGGAAGUUCAGGGGGCCAGACCGUGACCAGAGAAGACAAGGUCAAGCAAAUCCUAGACGAGAUAAUGGAAAAGCUUCCCGAGGAAUUCAACAUGACGGAGAUAAUGGGAAAAGUGGAGGAACGAACCCCCUACGUAAUCGUUGCUUUUCAGGAGUGCGAAAGAAUGAAUUAUCUAACGGGUGAAAUGAAAAGAUCACUUCGAGAACUGGACCUCGGUCUCAAGGGUGAACUCACCAUUACUUCGGAUAUGGAAGUCCUCGAGAAUGCCCUUUUCUUCGAUCAGGUCCCUCCUAUCUGGGCCCAAAGAGCUUAUCCUUCUUUACUAGGACUCACGGCCUGGUUCGUCGACCUCCUGCUCAGGUUGAGGGAACUCGAAACGUGGUCAACAGAUUUUGUGUUACCAGCGUCGGUUUGGCUCGCUGGGUUUUUCAAUCCGCAAUCACUGCUCACGGCGAUAAUGCAAUCGACGGCUAGAAGGCACGAAUUACCUUUGGACAAAAUGUGCCUCCAAUGCGACGUGACUAAAAAGAACAAAGAGGAAUUCACAUCUGCACCGAGAGAAGGCGCACACGUUCACGGAAUAUUUAUGGAAGGGGCGCGGUGGGACGUGCAGACCGGAAUCAUAGUAGACUCCAGAUCCAAGGAACUUUUUCCACCUAUGCCAGUCAUCAACAUUCGGGCCAUAACUCAGGACAAACAGGACCUCAGGAACAUGUACGAAUGUCCCGUCUACAAAACCAGGACUCGCGGUCCCACUUACGUUUGGACUUUCAAUUUAAAAACCAAGGAUAAACCGGCAAAGUGGACCUUGGCCGGGGUCGCACUUCUUCUGCAGACGUGAAAGUCGAAAAUUUUCAUUCUUUCCCUUUAUUUCCGACCCAAGUUAUACGUGUGUACGGACUUGUAAAAAAGACAUCAAAAUAUGCGUCACGGGUGAAGUGGUUUUCAAAAUAUCGAUUACUCCCCUCGUUUCAUUUAUCCGAGGAAUCCAACCCCGAGGCAAGCAAAGCCGCUGUGCGUGUAUAAAAGCUUGAAUUUCUUGUCCCGCACGAGGAGUAAAAAAAAAGGCGAACGAAUGUAUUUUCUUUUAGCGAGGAAAUAAAAGCUAAUAACUUUUACAUA